GCCCCUUCGCUUCCUCACAGUUUCACAAAACGCCUUCUACUCGAGCCUAAUUUCUCUGAAUCUCAAUUUCCUUUCAAUUUCAAAUCCCCCUUUUCUCGAUUCAAUCUAAUCUCAAAUCAUGCAGAUCUUCGUGAAAACCCUGACCGGCAAGACCAUCACCCUCGAGGUCGAGAGCUCUGACACCAUCGACAACGUCAAGGCCAAGAUCCAGGACAAGGAGGGCAUCCCUCCGGACCAGCAGAGGCUCAUCUUCGCCGGUAAGCAGCUCGAGGACGGCCGCACCCUCGCCGACUACAACAUCCAGAAGGAGUCUACUCUCCAUCUGGUCCUCCGUCUCAGGGGAGGCAUGCAGAUCUUCGUCAAAACUCUCACCGGCAAGACGAUCACUCUCGAGGUUGAGAGUUCCGACACCAUCGAUAACGUCAAGGCUAAAAUCCAGGACAAGGAAGGAAUUCCCCCGGACCAGCAGAGGCUGAUCUUCGCCGGAAAGCAACUCGAAGACGGCCGCACCCUCGCCGAUUACAACAUCCAGAAGGAAUCGACUCUCCAUCUGGUGCUGCGUCUCCGGGGAGGUAUGCAGAUCUUUGUAAAAACCCUAACCGGCAAGACAAUCACUCUCGAGGUCGAGAGCUCCGAUACGAUUGACAACGUCAAGGCGAAAAUUCAAGACAAGGAGGGGAUUCCACCGGACCAGCAGAGGCUCAUAUUCGCUGGGAAGCAAUUGGAGGAUGGCCGGACUCUAGCGGAUUAUAAUAUUCAGAAGGAGAGUACUCUGCAUCUUGUGCUCAGGCUUCGUGGUGGGAUGCAGAUCUUCGUGAAGACUCUGACGGGGAAGACGAUCACGCUUGAGGUGGAGAGUUCUGAUACUAUUGACAAUGUCAAAGCAAAGAUUCAAGACAAGGAGGGAAUCCCACCGGACCAGCAGAGGUUGAUCUUUGCUGGAAAGCAAUUGGAGGACGGUCGCACAUUGGCGGAUUAUAACAUUCAGAAGGAGUCUACACUCCACCUUGUCCUCCGCCUCCGCGGUGGCAUGCAGAUCUUUGUGAAAACCUUAACCGGCAAGACCAUCACCCUCGAGGUCGAGAGCUCUGACACGAUCGACAACGUCAAGGCCAAGAUCCAAGAUAAGGAGGGAAUCCCGCCAGACCAGCAGAGGCUCAUCUUCGCAGGAAAGCAGCUCGAGGAUGGCCGAACUUUGGCUGAUUAUAAUAUUCAGAAGGAAUCCACACUCCACCUUGUCCUUCGUCUCCGCGGUGGUGAUUUCUGAGAUAGAUUGAUGGUG